GGGCGUCAAGGCCUACCUCUCCUGCCUUCGUGCAGCCACUGCGGUACUUUCGUAUGUCCCUAUCCAAGCUCAGCCGGGUUUUGCGCACCCAAGAUGUCUUCAUCAUACUCACGGCUUGCUUUUUGCCUAGGCCUCGUAGUGUCUCGCAUGUUCCGCAAUGCCUCGCACAAGCUCGCCCACACCCCCAUCUUCACAAUCGACUUGCUCCUCCCUGGACGAAACGCUGCGCGGAGCAAGCUACUUCGUGCUCAGAUUCAAUACACUACUUCCUCGCGUACAUGUCAAUUCGCGUCCUCCUCCUCCCCUAGUCCUUCUCCCUCUACGCUGAACGUGAAUGCUUAUGCUUCUACCAGGGAUAGUGCCGUCAGAGAUGCCUCCACCUUCGAUUAUACCACCGUUCUCAAUGACGCCUCUGCUCUCAGCAAUCCCUCCGUUUCCAACGACCUUUCUACUCUCGGUGAUACCUCUGCACCCGGCGCCGGGUGGGACUUAGAGAUCCUAUUCCGCGAGACAUAUCCUAGCAUUGUUGCCGCGCUUGAAGCUGGUAACAUCCGUGCAGCAGGAGAGGCGUGGUCUGUUCUUGAGCGAAGCUCGCUCUUACCAUUCCUCGGCCCUUCUCACCAUGGCGAACUCUGCAGGCUAACCACCGAGCUCAUCCGAGGCGCAACUUGGAGUCCUGCAGAGGCACAAGUCAUAGACGAUAUCACUGUCUUUGUGGCUGCAGGCGGGGACCCGCGGGGGCUCAUUGCUCGCAUGCGCCAUCUCAUCUUGCAUGGAGAUGCGGACGCUACUUUGCGCCUAUUCUCGAGAUACAAUACCAUGGUGCAGCAGAAAGGGGCUCAUCUAGACAUUCAAUUGGAAGAGCCACCACCUCAAGCCGAAGCCAUAUUGAUAGACGGGGACGCACGCGACACAUCUUCGGAGUCCUUCCCGCCAUCCAUCGCUUGUCUCGCCAUAUAUGCCUUUGCCUUGAAAGACUCAUUCUCGGAGGCCAUGAAGGCGAUUCUCUCGACCACCGCCUAUCUUUCUGCGUCUUUCGUUCGAGUAUAUUUUGCACAUCUGCGCGUAGAUCCUGCAUUCCGUACGAAGGCGGAAACCGUGAGGGCAGAAGCGUAUGCUCGUCGGAUCGCCAUUGCCCAACUCUUCACUCGUCCUGGGUCAUUCCAAAGGCACGUCUCGAACUUGUCCAAAGAUAUGAGCGACAAGAACCUACAGGAGCUAUACGAGCACAUUGUCGGAGCCCUGAGGGAGUCUCAGCCGUGGCUCACUAUGGAUCCGUCCGCGGUAUCAGAACGGACACCUGUUCUGCUUCCUGACUUUGCUUGGUCCAUCCUGCUCAGAGCAUUUAUGCACUGUCGUAAACUGGACCUAGCGGAGAGAUUGUGGGACGACAUGACCAAACUGGGUGUUCAGCCGACGAUGGACGUCUGGACAUCGUUGCUCGACGGUUACGCGGAGUUGCGCAUGGCCGAUCGCGCUCUGGUCACAUGGAAGCUGCUUCGCCAGGGAAGCACGCAGCCCAGUGUUAUGGCGUACAGGGCCCUUAUCUACGGUCUAUUCAACUCAGGACGUCCCGCGCAGGCGAUGGAACGCUUCGAGGAGUUCAGCGCAUUGCUGAAGCGAGGUUUUUAUCAGAACGACAGCUCCGCGCUCCUGAUUCUUUAUAACACCGUCAUCUAUUGGCUACUCGCGAACUCUGGCGAAGCGGAUGCCCAAGCUCUCCUGCGGCAAAUGGAAGAUUCGGGACCGAAGCCAGACGUAGUGUCCUACAAUACCUUCAUGCGAUACUACGCCAAAGUCUCUAAGCCCGGAGCUAUAGGUACUGUUAUGCGCAGGAUGGAGGCUGUUGGUGUGGCCGCCGACGUCGUUACGUACUCAACGGUCCUCACUGCCUUGCUACCUGUGGAGAAGGACGCGGCAAGCGUGGUUCGCACAUUGAUGAAGACUUUCGGAGUGCAACUGAACAUCGUGACUUAUACCACCAUCAUCAGCCACUUUGUGAAGGAGGAAUCGGAUGCAGGGCUCGAAGCGGCUCUGGAGCUACUUCGUAUGAUGGAGGCAGAGGAAGACGAGUCCCUUCACCCCAAUGCCGUCACGUACACCACUAUCCUUUCCGCUAUUCAUCGGCGACAACACUGGCUGAACCGGCAGACGCAGGAAGAAUAUGUCCGUCAUCUUACGGAUCGAAUGAAGAAACGAGACCUCAUGCAUAGCAAAGUCACGUAUAAUAUGCUAAUCAAGGCUUGCUUGGAGAACCCGAAUCCAGACGGCGUGCAACAUGCGCUCAAAUAUUACCGAGAGAUGGUACGCAAUAAUGUACCCAUCCGGGAGGAUACGCGGUUCUUGUUGUUGAAAGGGUUGGCGCGGAGGGGUGCCUGGGACGAAGCAGAUACAAUUGUGGAGGAGAUUGAGAACAGCGGGAGGGUGAUUUCGACUUGGCUGGGCAAUGCUAUAGCUACCGUCAGAAAUCGGGACUACGAGCGGCGUCCUAGUAGACGAACCUUUAGACAUUGAGAUGAUGCUCAAGGCGCUGUAAUCGACCCUCCCAAGUUUCUUUCACUCAAGAAGAAGGAUUUGUUCAGCCCAAGCCUGAGGUAGCGAGCGUACGCUGAAAUAACACAGUACGG